GCCUGAGAGAGAGAGAGAGCGAGCGAGGAGCGCGCGCUCAGAACAGGAGUGCGCGUGGGACAUCAGCACACCGGCCGGGUCAAGGAGCUGCAAGGAUGGAGAUCCGACCAGACAGGUUCAAGGCUGUCGCCGGCAAAACUCUGGGGAAAAUUCACAGACUGAUUGAGAAGCGGCAGGUGAAUGGAGAAACCAUCGAGUUAUCGGCCGAGGGUCGGCCCGAGCUGGUGGAGGAGAAGGAGCUGCCGGUGGUGGACUGUACUUGCUUCGGCCUGCCCAGACGCUACAUCAUCGCCAUCCUGUCUGGUCUGGGCUUCUGCAUCUCAUUUGGUAUCCGAUGCAACCUGGGCGUCGCCAUUGUUAGCAUGGUCAAUGACCACACAGUCUACAAAGGCAACAAGGAAGUACUAGUGGCUGCACAGUUCACCUGGGACCCGGAGACAGUAGGGAUGAUCCACGGCUCCUUCUUCUGGGGAUACAUAGUCACACAGAUCCCAGGAGGCUUUAUAUGUCAGAAAUUUGCUGCCAACAGAGUGUUUGGCUUUGCCAUAGUGGCCACAUCCACGCUCAACAUGCUGAUCCCAUCUGCAGCUCGCUGCCAUUACAGCUGCGUCAUACUAGUGAGGAUAUGCCAGGGCCUGGUUGAGGGUGUUUCGUAUCCAGCCUGCCACGGGAUCUGGGCCAAGUGGGCACCUCCUCUUGAGAGAAGUCGAUUAGCCACUACAGCCUUUUGUGGAUCCUAUGCAGGGGCAGUGGUGGCUAUGCCCUUAGCUGGGAUACUGGUGCAGUACACUGGGUGGCCUUCUGUAUUUUACGUCUAUGGCAGCUUCGGGAUAUUCUGGUACAUGUUCUGGAUCCUGGUGUCCUAUGAGAGCCCUGCAGCCCAUCCCACCAUCUCACCAGAGGAGAGGAAAUACAUAGAAGAUGCAAUCGGAGAGUCGGCAGCAUUUCUCAACCCCCUCCAUAAAUUCAAAACGCCCUGGAGGCACUUCUUCACCUCCAUGCCGGUCUACGCCAUCAUCGUGGCCAACUUCUGCAGGAGCUGGACCUUCUACCUGCUGCUCAUCAGCCAGCCCGCUUACUUUGAAGAAGUGUUUGGCUUUGAGAUCAGCAAGGUGGGCGUAGUGUCAGCUCUGCCCCAUCUGGUGAUGACGAUCAUCGUGCCUUUUGGAGGCCAGUUGGCCGACUACCUGAGGAGCCACAACCUGAUGACCACGACAAACGUCAGGAAAAUGAUGAACUGUGGAGGUUUUGGGAUGGAGGCCACUCUGCUGCUGGUGGUGGGAUUCUCUCACACGAAGGGUGUUGCCAUCUCCUUCCUGGUCCUCGCUGUGGGAUUCAGUGGAUUUGCCAUCUCAGGGUUUAAUGUCAAUCACUUGGAUAUCGCUCCUCGAUAUGCCAGUAUACUGAUGGGGAUUUCGAACGGAGUGGGAACGUUGUCAGGAAUGGUGUGUCCCCUCAUAGUGGGAGCCAUGACCAAACACAAGACACGUGAGGAGUGGCAGUACGUCUUCCUCAUAGCCUCCCUCGUUCAUUACGGAGGAGUCGUUUUCUAUGGACUGUUUGCGUCGGGAGAGAAGCAGUGGUGGGCGGACAUAGAAGACACGAGUGAGGAGAAGUGUGGUAUAAUCAAUGAGGACGAACUGGCCAACGAGACGGAGGAGUUGUAUCGAGGAGGCGGCCAGUAUGGGGCCAUGAGCCAGGCCAUAGUGGGUUCCAAUGGAGGAGGCGCGGGAGGCGGAGGAGCAGGAUGGGUGACGGACUGGGACAAGUCCGAGGAGUACGUUCAACCACCUGGACGCAACUCUGACAUGUAUGGAGGAGAGAUGGAGAAGACGCUGACGUAGAGGGCUAGUGGGGUCCUCAGUUAAAGAUUGUUCUUGGAAAAGGACUGUAGGCGUUAGAGUUGGACAUUUUUACAAAUGCACAUGCCUAGAGUGUGUAUCUAACUAGUUCUGUGUGUGUGUGUGUGUGUGUGUGUGUGUGUGUGUGUGUGUGUGUGUGUGUGUGUGUGUGUGUGUGUGUGUGUGUGUGUGUGUGUGUGUGUGUGUGUGUGUGACAGAAAGUGUGUGUUGGCCUUCUGGUGCUGAAACAUUGUGCGAUGAGCGUGUUUUGAUGAGCUGAGUCCUGCUGUGACCUCUUUAUUUUAGUUUUACUCGCAACACAAAACAACACACAGCGCUAAUGUGCAGAGGGAAUGGCGAUGCACUGUUUGAUGUUUAUUAAACAGGCGAAUAUGUUGCUGCACAUAUAUUAGAUCAGCAAAGAGUUUAAAACAAAACAAUGCACAGGAGAACUUUCCCCAUGGGUGACGAAGCUUUGCUUUCAUUUGUGCAACCUGCAGGAUGCAACGUUCACAUUUACACACACGCACACACACACACAGCCCCUGAUUUGAGUUAAGCGCUUACUUUUUAUCUGACGUUAAUUUUUGGAAGGCUCUUUAUCUGAUCCUGCUUGUAAAAUAAAGAUUGUUGAAAUUGUAUUUGAUUGAAAUGAUGGUAUAACAUUGAAAUGUGUUGUUUAAACAGUGGGUAAGGAAAUGUCUGAGUGUAACGUCUCCAUGACAUGAAUGAAUAUUCCUAUGAAUAAUUCCCAAGUGUUGUGUCCAUGUAUCUUUUAAUCAAGUUUCUCUUUUUCUCAAAUGCUUUGGCUGUUCCGUUGUCGUCCUCGCCCCUCUUGAUGAAACGUGUAAAAAAGAGAAAAGAUCAUAUUUAAACACAGAUGUGAUGUAUAAAAUGUACAUGUGAGAUAAAUUUGUGUAAAAUAAAGUUUUAAGCAAUUUAA